AGGUUUUUGGGCUCUGAACAGAUUACCUGCUACACACCUUCGAAUCAUGGCACGCUCUUCGAUGAAGGUUUUGUGCGCGGCUGCUGCGCUGGUAGCAGUGUACAACUUCUGCAACAGCUGGAGUUUUGUGCCUGGGCCAUUGAGGAAGCACGCGCCUGUGGCUGCUGCAUCGGCGGCGGGCGUGAUGAUGGCUCCAGCGGCCUUUGCCGAUGAGAUCGGCGAUGCCGCUAAGAAGCUGGGUGACGCUUCCUAUGCCUUCGCCAAGGAAGUCGAUUGGAACAACGGCAUUUUCUUGCAGGCCCCAGGCAAGUUUCAGCCCCUGAAAGCUCUGAAGGCGAUUGAUAAGAUGAUCGACAUGGGGGCGGCAGCAGACCCCAAGCUUCUGAAGGCAGCAGCAGAGGCCCAUCACAAGGCCAUCGGAAGCAUCUCGGGACCCAAUGGUGUGACCUCCCGCGCAGAUUGGGAUGCGGUGAACGCCGCUUUGGGCCGUGUCGUGGCGUCUGUCCCCAAGGCAAAGGUCAUGGACGUCUACAAUUCUGUGAAGGACAUCACUGACCCCGGUGUUCCUGCAUACAUGAAGUCUUUGGUCAAUGGUGCGGACGCCGAGGCGGCCUACAAGGGCUUUUUGGAGUUCAAGGAUGUGGUGGAAAAGAACCAAGUGACCGCAGCCAGUGCUCCUGCCUCCGUGCCCACUGGAGACAAGAUUGGCGUGGCUGCAAAGGCCCUUUCGGAUGCAUCCUACCCUUUCUUGAAAGAGGUGGACUGGCUGUCUGACGUUUACCUGAAGCCGUUGCCAGACACCACAGCCCCCAAGGUGAUGAAGGCCAUCGACAAGAUGAUCGUCAUGGGCAGCCAAAUGGACGGAAACUUGUUGAAGGCUGCUGCGGCCGCCCACCACAAGGCCAUUGGCAGCAUCGACGCUAAGGGAGUGACCUCUGCCGCCGACUACGAGGCCGUGAAUGCCGCCAUCGGACGCAUCGUCGCUUCGGUGCCAAAGGCGACGGUGAUGGAUGUGUACAACUCCAUGGCUGCAGUGGUAGAUGGAUCCGUUCCCACCAACAUGUUCUCCAAGGUGAAUCCUCUGGAUGCCGUCGCCGCUGCAAAGGGCUUCUACACCUUCAAGGAUGUGGUUGAAGCAGCGCAGCGCUGAGGCAAUUCGGCUGUUGCACAUCGGCCGAGGCCCCUGGUAUCGAACCAUGGGACCCCAUUUUACAGGGCCAUGGGUCUAUACCACUUCGAGUAUUUUAUUUUUAAUGUUCCAUGUCCAUGAUGAGCUCACAACUACAAGAGGGGUGAGCCGACAAGGCUGUUGUGCUUGGCCAACAAA